AUGGAGGAUCAAGAAUUUUUAGUGUCUGGUGACCUUACCUUCCAACCAUUCAAUGAAGAAAUCACAUCUGAAAGCGCUAUCAAAACCGAGGAUAUUAAGGAUGAGGAAGACAUAUUGCUGUUUGCACAGUUAGAUAACCUUGCAAACAACAUUUCAAGCAACAAUGAUUUCCAAAUGGUUCAAGAGGUCGAAGUUGUAGAUCGGCUGCAUGCAUCAGACGAAUUUAGGAACAAAUUGCCCAUUGAUUUAACUAAAUUUCCUACUACAUCAGAAGCGCAGCAUGAGAGUAAUACCUCUCACUAUGUUAGAUAUAAACUUCAAGAUGGGAAGCACGUUAAGAUUUGGGAAUGUGGAAUAUGUUCUAAGGAAUUCACUCACCAGUACACCUUGAUGCGUCAUUUACCCACGCAUACUGAUGAAAGAAAGUUUCAGUGUAACACUUGCGGAAAAGCUUUCCGCCAAAUGUCCACGUUGUCUCAACAUCGCGCUAUACAUUCCACAGAGAGGCCUUACAUAUGCGAGAUUUGCCAAAAAACAUUCAACAGAGUAUCGACCUUGAUCUCUCAUAGAAAGACCCAUACGGGCGUGAAGCCUCACAGGUGUCAUCUGUGCACCAAAGCUUUUCAUCAAAAAGGCAACCUUCGGAAUCAUAUUUUCACCCAUACCAAUGAGAGACCGUAUAAGUGCGACAUUUGUGAAAAAGGAUUCAAUCAAAUGUCAAAUUUGAUGUGUCAUAAAUUGAAGGCUCACCGACGUGCAGAAGCACCGAAAUACAUUUGCCAAAUCUGCGGUAAGUGCUUUCCCAAACGCAUGGGCCUCAGGCACCACGAGCAGUACACCCACGGAAUGCUGAACGAGUCCGUUAAUGUGCCCCAGAUUCCCGAAAAACUCAACUACAUGAACGCCAUCAUAGUGGACCCCAUAAAAACCGAAGCCAUGAGACUCGCGAUCGAGUCCAAUCAAACGCCUUUCGCCUUGCUGAGGCCUUUGACAGGCAUACCGGUUCUGGUGAGAGUCUUACCGGCAGGGGAUAAGCAGAUGUUGGUCCCUGCGUCUGCCGAAGAUUUAAAGAAGCACAGUCACAUUUCGAUAACCCCCAAAUCUGGCGCUGCCGAUAAGGAGAAUAUAGAGAAACCCAAAGGGAAGCACACGGGUAGCACGGUCCAAAUUAAAAUACCGGUGGUGGCGACAGUGAUCCAACAGAGCGAAAGCGGCGGUCACAUGUCAAUGGCUGUAGUAAGUCCUGGUCCAAAUGGAGAACUUGUUAACCAAUCGGGUAUGACCAGUACUCACAACGACAAUUUCGUCUAUAGUUCCACCUUAACGGGCACCGAAACUAUUACAGGUAGUUCGGAGGACAUUGGGGACAUACAGCUGAAUAAUGUCAUACCGUCGGGAAUGAUGUCUGAUGUGGAGAUUGAGUUCUUGGAUGAGAAUGGUAGACGAGUUGGCGAGGACGAGUUUCAACAGAAUUUGAAAGUUUUUAAAAGCCUUGACACGUUGUACUUGAUAAGAGGACAUGAACUGCUGCAGCAACAUUCUACCUGCAAUAUCGCGGGUACUGCGGCUCAGGUUUUCCUCGACUAG